CAGCGCAGCGAAAGCAUCUCGAAAAUCUAUCUGAAAAGAGAGAAAUACGCCCAGAACAAAGUGAACGAACUCGAAAAUACGAAAGCAACGUGUGUGUGCCCAGCCAACAACAAAGAACUAACUUGAUAAAAAUUCAUUGUGCCGAAGAGAAAGUCAUUGAGUCAUUGGCAAUUGUGUAAUUCCGAAAGACAAAAUAAACCCACAAUGGCAGUGGCUUUUUUCAUACCCGAUCAGGCAACUUUGUUGCGGGAGGCGGAGCAAAAGGAGCAGCAGAUUCUCCGCCUGCGGGAAUCCCAGUGGCGAUUCCUGGCCACCGUCGUCUUGGAAACUCUGAGGCAGUACAGCCCAUGCCUUCCGAAAACGGGAAGGAAAUCCGGCAAAUAUCGCAAACCAUCGCAAUAAAAUAUUCGAGUAACUACUUCGGGGGAAAUCCAAAAUAGUCCAGUCCAAAAUCCAGAGUACAAAGGAAAUAAACAUGAGCCAACCCAAAAAGCAGUCAUCACUCAACAGCCGACGGCAUUCGAUUUCAACAGCAGUCAAGGACACAGCCACAACUCCCACCCAAUUUUAGUUUACUCAUCAAAGCGAUUGUGAUAAUGGUUUUGUUUCUACAAAAAAAAUUUUAACGAAAAUUGAAAAAAACAUUCUCUUUCAAAAACCCGUUUAAAAAAUCCCCAAUUUUGUAUGAAUUUUUUUUAAAGAUAAAAAAUAGUUUCUUUAGAAAUAAUUUACACUUAAAGCCUAUUUAAAUGAAUCACUACUGUAAUAGUUUGUAAGUUCGUUUGUAAGCGAAGUUUUUCUAAGUUUUUCUUAAAAACAAAACCCAGGAAGAAUGAAAACGAAAUGUAGUUGGCUAAAAAUUGCAUCAAUUUUUUGUCAAACAAAAAAGUCAAUA